AUGAACUGGAAGAAUACCUUGAUAGAUUUUGUAGCAUAUAUAUUCUGUGCGAAUGGAUGGUCUUCAUCAUCACGUUCCGAGAGUAAGAGAAGAGCCUCAAGAUGGAAGGCAUUCUUUACAAAUCCGGAAGCCAGAAAGAACCAUAUCACAUCAGAAUGGAGAAAAUGGCUUGUGUUUAUAUUGUGGGCAUGUAUUAAUAUUGGGCUGUUUAUUGAGGCUGCAGUGAGGUGGCACGAUCUCAUCUAUGCCAAACUGAGCAAGAUCACAGCGCUAAAAACCGAGGACAUAUUGAGGCUCACCUGGUAUGUUACAUUUGCCAGAGGGUUUGGCCAAUUACUGAACUUCAAUUCUGCCCUACUGAUUGUUCCUACCAUGAGAACUUUAUCAAACACGCUCCGGACCUUAAAGCUCUCUCACAUAUUUCCUCUCGAGAAAAAUCUCAUCUUCCAUCGAUACAUUGCAUAUUGGGUAGUGUUCUGUACGGUUGGGCAUGGCUUUUUCCAUUAUCUGAACUACGCCAAUUAUUACUUUGCAUACUCUAAUGAACAAACAACAGUGACCAGCUCCAUUCUAGCAUGUUGGGUUCAGAAAUAUGGAAUUACUGGAAAUUUGCUUGUAUUUGUCAUGUAUCUCAUGUAUGCUACUAGCCACAGCAACUAUCGUAAAACCAGAAAUUAUACAGUAUUCUGGUAUACACAUCAUUUAUUCAUUAUCUUCUUUGUGUUGUUGCUUGUUCAUGGAAAGGUUUUCUGGAUAUGGUUUUUAGGACCUUGUGUGUUGUACCUCUUUGAAAGAAUUUUGAGAAAUGUCAGAGGAUCUGAAGAAACCGUUGUUAAGAGAGUUCAUUGUUUGCCAAGUAGAGUCUUAGAGAUUGUUCUUGAAAAGCCAAGAUUUGAUUACAAGGCUGGUCAGUAUGCCUACAUUAAUUGUCCUCUCAUCAGUAAGCAUGAAUGGCAUGCCAUGACAAUUUCAUCUGCACCUGAAGAUGAGUUCCUACAUUUCCAUAUUAAGUGCGCAGGUGACUGGACAAAUGCAUUGAUGGACCUUUUUAACCCAACACAUAGUCCAACCGUUGUUAUCAACAAGCCCAAAACACCAGAUGAUAAAGAUUAUUUGAUUAAGGUGGAUGGACCUUUUGGAACAGCGGCAGAUGACGUUUUUGAUUACGAAACAGUCAUGCUUAUUGCUGCUGGUAUUGGAGCUACUCCCUAUGCCUCAUUAUUGAAACAUUUUAAUAACAAGCUAGAAGAAGAAAAGAAAGGAGGCAAACCAAUUAAGAUAAGAAGAUGUUUCUUUUAUUUCAUCAACAGAGAUCAUGGCUCAUGGGAAUGGUUUUCUUCUCUAUUAAAUGAUAUUGAAGAGAAGAAUCCACACUUCUUCCAAAUCAAUACCUACAUGACUGGAAAACUCAAAGCAGAGGAAGUCAAGAAAAUCAUCUACGGAAGCAGUGAGUAUCAACAAUCAGGAAAAAAGCAAACAGGAGACAUGCUAUUGAGAGCCAUGUAUGAGUACAUGCCAACUUCUUCAGAUGAAUUGGAACUUCAUGUGAAUGACAUUAUUGAACUGAAGGAGCAAGACGACUCUGGAUGGUGGGAAGGAAAGAAUUUGAACACAGGCAAGACAGGACUAUUCCCAAGCAAUUAUGUCAUACAUAUUGAUGCUCUCACAAAAUUACGAGAAAAUCAAAACAGACACUAUGGACGUCCAGACUGGAAACGAGAAUUCACCUAUGUCAAGCAAUGGAUUGACAGAAAUACAUCACAACACAAAAAAGUCAGAUCAAAGGUUGGAGUUUUUGUCUGUGGUCCUCCUGCCCUUUCCAAAGAUGUCUAUUCUUUUGCUCUUGCAGAAAGCUCAGAGAGUGUGCAAUUUGUUUACCACAAAGAAAACUUUUAA